AGAGAGGGGAGGGAGAGAGGUGGUGCAGUCACGCAGAGUGAUCCAGGAGUGAGUGAGGCGACAGAGCGGAGGUGACAGCGGAGAAUGGAGAGGAGCCCGUCCGCCCGGCGAGCUUUGACCGCGGCGAGCGAGGAGAACCCACUCGGCCUCUUCCUUCUGGAGCCAGCGUGCUGAAAGAAACCAGGGGGGGCAAAGGAAAGGAAUGGCUGAUCCUCUGCGGAGGACUUUACUAGCGAAACUCCGGGGGAAGAAAUCCAAGAAAGGAGCGACUGUCGGCGGUGGAUACGGCUCUGCUGCUGCUGCUUCUGCGGCGAAUGGGGGCCGAGAAGGUAAAGAAAAAGUUUUGCAAACGCAGCGAGACUCCGACGAGGCUCGCCCGGUAGUUUUGCUCGCAGGGCUGGAUUGCACGACAGAGAGAAUGAGUACGUACGAGAAUUAUGUUGACGGGGCGAUUGUGCAGACAGGGGGGGUUGUGGUAGUCCGGGAGAGCCGGCCGGAGUCGGAGUCGGAGUCGGGGUCGGGGUCGGCCAGCGCGCGUCCCCAGGAGCGAAGCAGCGGGGGCAGGGUUCGGGUUAAUGAGGAGCUCCUGGGGGUCGCACUUCAAAGAGGCGUGCAGUUCGGGGGACAUGAGCCCAGGCAGGGACACAGCAGGAGUCACAAGGGGCCAAGAGCCGGUGGCAAAAUCACGUUAUCGAGCGAGGUGCCGCUUGGGGGACCGCAUGUCCAGAGAAAACACUUCAUUACGGCGCAGCGGCAGUGCAGUGAUUCAAUCGGGUUUGGGGACAAUUCGAAUCACGUUACGCAUCGAGCGAGGGUAGAAACGCAAACCUCGGUGAGCAGUAAACCAGCAGAGGGACGCGUUGCUACCGCAGGGACAGAGCCAGGAGACAGGAAGGGACUCACCGGGCAAAUGGCAGGGACUGUAGUGGCUGUCGAUGAAUGCAACGCAAACUGGACUUGUGACAACGACCAAACUUUGGAGACAAACUCGCCGGUUUGCGCGGCGCCAAUCCACCCGAAGUGUGCGUCCAGGAACGCGGAAGAAAGAAUGUUAAUCAGGGAUGUUGAGAGCUAUGGGCCUGAGUAUUCAGGGGGGAAUAGAGGGCCCACUACAGGUAGUGUGCAGAGCCCGACUUUCUUCCCCACAGAGUUAGAAAUCUGCGACAUUAACGCGGCGUCACUGUGCGCCACAGAGGCCUCCCUUAGAUACACUUUGGACAGCGAGGAUGACGAUUACUAUGAUAAUGAAAUCCUGCCUUUUUAUGAAACCAUCAGAGCAAAAAGUGACAGAGCAGAGGCUACAGAGCCACCAGGUCAGGAGAAAGAUGAGAGUAACAGCGCCCGGGAAACAGACAGGCUUAGAAACCAGCUGAAAGAAGCUUAUUACCUUCUCAUCAACGCCAUGAAUGACAUCAACCUGGAUGUCCAGCAGAUGAGCGGUGCUUUAACUGAGCAGCUGCAGGCCACCUCCUCUUGUAGCAGCCACUCCAGGGAUAGUUUGUGCUCCAGGUUGUCUGCCAAAAACAUGGACAGCGACUCCUGGUCCUCAGGAGGAGACCACAGCCCCCAGCAAGUGUCCGACACCGACUCGCUGCUGCUCUGCCUGAGCAGGAACCUCGAGUCGGGCCUCAAACGCAGGCCGAAUAGUAAAAGCAUGUUGAACCUGUCCUUGUCUAAGAAAAGACCAAUGUUAGCUCGCUCUGCUAGUGACAGAGCCAUCAGGUAUUCAGGUGGGCCCUCGCUUUGUAAUGACACCCCAGAAAGUAGAGAUGAAACUGAGAAAGAGGAAAAAGUUGCAGGAGUGAGCGAGCGGUCAGAUCCUCAGGGGCUUUACAUCAGCGACGAGCUGCUGCAAGACCCGGGAGGCGAUGAAGACCGCGGGGGGCCGCUCAACGAGAGCAGCGGCUCGGUCAACAGCCUCACGGGAUCUUCGGACAGCAAUCAGGGUCUGGACAGCAAGCAGGAAGUCCGAGCUCAGGGGGCCAACUCUGCCAACAAGGGGCCCGGGGUCACCGUCAACAAGAUGCAGGAGUGGAUGCACAAGGGCCGGUUGCUGUCCUCGGAGAUGAAGCAGCGGAUCGAGGGCUCGUCGUCGCCCCGCGGAGGGAGGCAAAGUCAGGAUCCCGGGGUUAAACCUGUCAAGGCAAAGUCGCCUACGACCACCAAGAGGCCGAGGCAACAGCAGCAGCACCCAGCUUUCAUUGAGACUCUCCAGAUCCCCUGUGCCAAUGGCAGGGAGGUGGGCCGGGCCUGCGAGUCUCCAUCAUGGCGGCCUCCGCUCACCACCAUCACCGUCUCCAAAAAACGCAACUGGCUGCAGCAGAGCUCCCUCGGGAGGAAUCACUGCGCCAAGGAUGAGCAGCAGGGAAUGCUGGGAGCUGAGGAGGAGGGCGUCCAGGGCUCCUAUCAGCCACCACCUCCUCCCAGUCCUUCUCCAGACCAUCUGAGACCCUCAGGGGGGAACACAGCACGGCCGGUCCGCCUGCACCUGCCUCAGGUCAACGUCAGUCAGGCCAAGGCGUCCCCUCACUCUCGCAGCGUGGAUCCAGCCGAGGAGAACGACGCUGACGAUGAGGGAGAGAUCUGGUACAACCCAAUCCCCGAGGAUGAAGAACAAGAUACGUCUCACCGAUCCACCGUUCAGCUGCUGGUCCCCCCUCGAGUAGAUCCCCAGAGGAGGCCCAGCAGAGGGGCGGAUGUGGGUCACGGCGGCAGGAGCCUCGGGGUCGGCGCAGGCGGCGGCGGCGGGCUGGAGGCGCUCGGGGAGAGCCUCUGUGGAGGUGGAGGAGGAGGAGGAUCAGGGGAUGGGAGUCAGGGGAACGCUGCACAUUCCACAGAGGCACCACAUCUGCACAGACAGAUGCUCGCGUGCAAACCACAGGAGGAGGGGGGGCCUUCCACCAGCAGAGCCACAGAUGUUCCUGACUUGCCCAAUGCCGUCAGCUCUCCUCCUUCGAGUCCAAACCCGACGAAGAAAAGCAGCUCUAUCAACUGGUCCUUCCCAGACAAGAUCAAGUCCCCGCGCACUGUGAGGAAGAUCUCAAUGAAGAUGAAGAAGCUUCCGGAGCUCAGCCGGAAACUCAGCGUUAAGGGGACUCCGAGUAUCAGCAGCAACAGCAACAGUGGAGGAAGCAGCCAUUUGGAACCCAGAGCCCAUUCCCCAAAAAACAACGGGAGCGGGUUGGAGACUGCCCCCCAUCCUUCGGGCCCUCCGGGAUUAGCCGCCCCCGGGGGUGGGCAGGCCAGCCGUAAUGUGAUCUCGCGCUACCAUUUGGACAGCAGUGUAUCCACACAGCACAGCUUCAGCAAGAAGAAAAACAACGGCAGCUCAAAGUCGGCCAGUAAAGGCGGCUACCUCAGCGACGGGGACUCGCCGGAGCUGGUGGCCAAAUCGGGGAAGCACGGCUCUUCAGAGGGGAAGGGGGGAAAGGGAAAGGAGAUGGAAGGAGGCGGCGCAGGCUCCAAACUCAACGGCACGGAGCUGGACAUCGACGCUUUCCGCCAUUACAGUUUCACAGAGCAGCCAAAGUGCAGCCAGUUCAUCUCCGGACUGAUGAGUCUGCACUUUUACGGCGCGGAGGACCUCAAACCUCCACGGAUCGACUCUCGCGACGUCUACUGCGCCAUCCAAGUGGACUCGGUUAACAAAGCGCGGACGGCACUCCUAACAUGUCGGACUACCUUCUUAGACAUGGACCACACCUUUAACAUCGAGCUGGAGAACGCCCAGCACCUGAAGCUCGUGGUGUUCAGCUGGGAGCCGACGCCGAGGCGAAACCGCGUCUGCUGCCACGGCACGGUGGUUCUGCCCGCGCUCUUCAGGGUGACGCGUUGCCACCAGCUAGCGGUGAAGCUGGAGCCGCGCGGGCUGAUCUACGUCAAGCUGAGCCUGAUGGAGCAGUGGCAGAACUCGCUGGACGGCGGGCUGAACGGGGACAGGGAGCCGCAGGUGUUCGGUGUGGAGGCGUGGCGGACGGUGGAGAGGGAGAACACGGGACAGAUGGUGCCGCUGCUUAUAAGCAAGUGCAUCAAUGAGAUCGAGAAGAGAGGCUGCCAGGUGGUGGGUCUGUACCGACUGUGUGGAUCUGCAGCUGUAAAGAAGGAGCUGCGCGAGGCGUUUGAGAGGGACAGCGAAGCCGUGGAGCUGUGUGAAAACACCUACCCUGACGUUAAUGUCAUCACAGGAGUACUGAAGGACUAUCUGCGUGAGCUGCCCUACCCGCUGAUCACCAAGCCGCUGUACGAAGCCGUGUUGGAGUCCAUGGCAAUUAGGCCUCUGCGGAUCGGAGCUUCGGGCUGCGAGAACGACCAGGCCGACUCUGAACACACGGUCAGCCUGCUGGACAACCUGCCGGACGUGGAGAGGAUGACACUGCGGCGGCUUCUCGACCACCUGAAGUUGGUAGCGUCUUACCAGGAAGUGAACAAGAUGACGUGUCAGAACCUGGCGGUGUGUUUCGGCCCCGUGCUGCUCAGCCAGCGUCAGGAGGCGUCGUGCCACACCAACCGCGUCUUCAUCGACUCCGAGGAGCUGGCCAGCGCGCUUCACUUCAAAAAACACAUCGAGGUCCUGCACUACCUGCUGCAGCUCUGGCCAGUCAUAGACCCCUACAGUCAGUCCUCGUCCCAGCCUCCUGCACCCUCCUCCGACCUGCAGUCAGCGCCUCCAUUGCGUCGGAGAAAGGAGCGCCCCCAGGUCCUGAACCUCUCUGAAGCGGAGAUGGCCGGCGUCCUGCGUCCCAAACCGGGGCGCCUGGACAGCCCGAGCAACCGCUACGCCGGCGACUGGAGCGGUUGCGGAGAGCGCUACUUCCCGUCUGACCUGCUGCCUCCUCUGAGCAAAGAAGAGGCGGACUAUGACGACGUGCCCUCCGAGGACACGGCUGAGGAGGGGCAGGUGAAGGCCGAGGACGCAGAAGAAGAUGGAGAGCAACAUUUUACAAGCCCUGAGUGUGAUGAUCCCUCUGAGCUGGAGAAACCUCAGAAAGAGGAGGUGGUGAAUGAGGAGGAAGAGGAGAGAGAAGAAGAGGAGGAGAAAGAAGAAGAGAGUGAUAGUUCAGGCAAUGGGCAGAUGUUCGAGGACAAGGAGGAGGAGAAGGUUUGUGAACACAUCCUUCACCCUCGUCUGCCCAAAGAGCAUACGUACCAGGCCUACAUGAAGAUCCAGGACAUCAGCCCCGUGCUGAGCAACCGGGUCAACCUGAGAGACCUGCAGGAGAGCAUCGACACUCUGAUCGGAAACCUGGAGAGAGAGCUCAACAAGAACAAGCUGAACGUCGGAUACUGAGACGUUCUUUACCGGUAAAGGUGCUUCAGGAUACGGCUGCAGUGUUUCCGUUGAGAUAUCGUGCUGUCACCAUGGCAGCAUGCUUCAGUGCUGCUGUUAAAAUCUAAAGGACGAGAUGUAAAGAGACGUAUGGGGGGGGGGCACUUCUGACAUUAGUACCUUAUCCACUGACAUUCCAUAACAUUUUUUUUAUUUUCUUUACAUUUUGUUGACUGUCUAACUUUAUGUUGUCGUCGUCGCAGUCCUGGUUCUGUGUUCCAUGUUGUUGCUUCUCUUCUUAUUAGAAGAACCCAUUGACCCCUCAGGGGUUUAAAAGGUGCCUUAAUUGUGUGAAGGUGGUUCGUCAGAGGAAAAUCCACCCUUAAAUAAAAUGUAUCCCCUCAUAAGAUCGUUUAAAUGAUAGAUAUAUGAAAAGUUACAAUUCACUAAAGGUACUAUGGGGCUUUUAAACUGUGACACUGAUGCCAGCCAACAUUCCAGUGUUUCCAGAGUUUCCCCCCAAAAAGUGUUUUCUUGGAAGGAUGAUGACGCAGCGUUUAGGAAAAAUCUUGAAUGGAGCAGGACAUUUCAUAUUUAAUCAUUGGUUUCCAGACAAAUACAAUCAUUCAAUUGAUGUAAAAGCAGUCUUGUCUUUUAGAUGACGCUGUAACAUCGAGUAUUGUAAGUUCGAAUAGUUCAAACCAGGAUCAUAAAAGAGUAACGUGUAUAUUCUCUUUGAGGGUGGAUUUCCUUCUUUCUUUUUUUUUUUACGGCAGCAGAGAGCUUUUUCUAUUGAGGUAUGAAACACUAAAUGUUGUUCAACAAUAAUGCACUUAAAAGGCAGGCAGUAGAGUAGAUUGUCAUUUUAGCUCAUACAUUUAAAAAGAUUUGACUGAGUUGACGGAGAAACCUCUGAAACCUCUCUGAACAUUAAAUUCUAAAGGAAAGGGAUUAGUGAGUACUCGUUUGUCAUAUUUGGGGAAAUGUGCUUUUCUUUUCUGAGAUCGAGAUGAAAAGAUGAAUACCGCUCUCAGUCAUGUUUGCUAAAUACAAAAAUUGAAGCAAGAGGGUUUUUGGAAAUUGAAACUGAAGCCAAUGCGAAGGAGCAAAUACUGCAGUUCCUCAAGAGGCCACUAGAGGCUGUUUCCUAGAAGUGAGUCAAUCCCCAUAGACCCCCAUGUUAAAAAGUCUUACCUUUACUGCAGGAUGUUGUUUACAGCCUGGUACAAAAAUGUAGUUGUAAAGACCCAAAAGUUUGUUUUGUGUUUGUACCAGGCUGUAUUUGUUUCCGUGGAUUGAGACGCCUUCACAGCCGACCUCAAGUGACCUCGAGGAUCUGAAGUUUUUUGAUUUUCUUGUUGGCUUCAUUUUGUCUGUUGUGAACAAUAAAUAGCUAAGCUAACGUAAGGCUGGUUUAUGUCUUCUCACCAGCUCUCUUAUCUCUACAGAAGUACAUUUUCCCAAGAUGUCAAACAAUUCCUUUAAAAAAAAACCAUCAACCAGUCACCUUUCUGCUUCUCACAGCUUCUUUAUUAUUUUUAUUUUUUGGUAUAACAGUGAAAUACUCACAAUGUGAAGCACAAUUUACAGAGAAGCAGUGGAAACUGUUAGCAAAGGGUACGACUAAGCUAGCUGCCUAAAUCGACAAAGGACGUUUUCAGCAAUCCAGGGAUUCAGAAUGAUCAGUAUUUAACCUAUAUAUGUAUAUAAUUAUAUAAAUGUAUUCGGAGUAUAUUAUUUUUUACAGCUUCUAUUUCAAUGGCGUAUUUAAAUACUUCUGAUGACCUCUUAGUGUUGUAGCAAUAGUUGCUUUCCCCUUCCCUUCGAGCUACCUGUACACAUGUUUAUGUGCUGGACUAAUGGUACAACUUUAGCUGUAAAAUAUAUGAAAAAAAAAUUGUGCUCUUGCAGAAAAAAGUGAUAUUGUUAUUUUUAUUGUAUUGUGUAUAUAUUUGACAUCGUGUCGUGUCUCUGGUGGACUAAGCUGUAUUCAUGAUGUUGUUGUUUUUUUUUAAAAAGGUACCGAACGUUGCAUGGUCAAAAGCUUUACUGAUGUGAACAAGGCUCCUUCUCACCUGCCUUUGUAUUUGAUAUUUAUGUGUAAAAAGACUUAUUUUGGUAUGUGUGCUCAUUUGCCCUUCACACUGUUCCCUCAUUAGACUGAUGACUGCAUGUUUAAUACAUUAUCAACUUUUUCUCCAGAGGACUUAGAGGCGGGUUGUCGUUGUUUUUUGUGUGUUUGGUGAUCAAAAAAAACCACACCUGACAGAAGCUCUUCCAAAUUGUAUGUAAAAAUAAAGAAUAUCCACAUUCGUCUUAGCAUAUGACCAUGUCAUUCAAAUGCCAAAAUCUCCAUAUCGAACUGUUGCCAAGUCUUAUCUUAGAAAAAGGAUGGUCUUUAAGCAAAAAUUUAAAAAAGGAUAUUUGCAUACCUGCAUUAUCAACAGCAUGUUUCAAGAAUUAAAGAUGUGUAUUUAAAAAGAAAUUAAAAAAACAAGAGAAACUGACCUAACCAUUAAGUGAACUGAGGUGAGGAAUCUAACGUUCAAACAUUUCAUUGGGCUUAAAAAGGAUUCACCCUGUAAACCUUUUUGUGUUUAGUUGGCCUUUAUAUUUUUUAUAUUUUUCCAUUUAUUUUCCCUCCUAUGUGGUACUGUCACUUUAAGACGGUCCGGUGAAAGUGAUUUCCAGCAGGGUUCCUUAUGAACCAUCUGGUAGCCAGGGUGACACACACACACACACACACACACACACACACAAACACACAAAAAAACAGGGCCUUUUUUCCAGAAUAGACACCAACAUCAAGUUUAUAGCAUGUCGAGUGACCAGUGAACCUCUCCGUCAGAGAAUAUUACACCUGCAGCUAUCUUCUGUUUGUCCUCUAUUUCCUCUGGAGAAAAAACCUCACAUGAAAAGCUAAGACAAAACAGAACAUUGCUUUGUAUUGAUCCUGAGUAAUUGUAUGGUCAUAAUAAAGUAUAUUAUUUUACAUUCAA